CCCAGAUAAUCAGGAGUAUCAUAUUUCUCGGUUAGGGUUUUACACGUUCAGGGUUUUUGCAAUGCCACAUUGAAGAAAACCCUAGCCUUGCUAUUCUAAAUGCUUCAUGUUUCAGCUUCGGCCAUCAAUUGAAGUUACAAAUGGAGGGAUUGAGCGGGGCAGAUGCUGAUUUGGUGGUGUACUUACACCCAUCGAAGAGCAUGAAGGUUUCCCAAGGGAUCCUCCGUGAGCUUAGCUCUUUGCUCUUCAAGUUCAACAAAACAUUUGGUGGUGUUUUAUUGGCUUAUGAUGUUAAUAUUCUGGAUAAACAGGCAAAAAUUCUUUCUGGUGUUCAUCCUUAUUUUGGUCUUCGACUAAAAGCAAACCUCCUACUUUUUUCACCAAAGUCAGAUAUGCUCUUAGAGGGGAAAGUAGUGAAGCUUUCUCAAGAAUCUAUUCACGUCAUUGUUCUUGGUUUUUCAUCUGCUAUCAUAGCAACUGAAAACAUCCGUGGAGAAUUUAAAUAUAAAACUAAAGAUGAAGAGGAACUAUUUGCCAGCAGAUCUCACAAGAGGCAUGUCAUAAAGAUUGGAACCAUGAUCCGUUUUUCAGUCAAGAGUUUUGAUGAGGAAAUACUUCACAUCAUUGGUUCUUUGAUGCCAGCUCACACGGGAAGCAUUCGUUGGUUAGAUAGAAAUUUGGAGGAGAUUUCAGAAUUUGAAAGGAGUGCUACAAAGAGUAGAGACAGAGAAUGUCAGGAGGAUAAAACUGUUGAUGAGGGAGCAACUCCCUUGAGCUACAAUAAUCACAUUAAAAAGUCAAAAAAACGUAGAAACAAAGAAGGUUAAUGAAGACUGCUUCCAAUUACCAAUUGUUUAUGGAGAUCUCUUGUUCUCAGGUAAGCUUAGAGCGUUGGGCAGAAGUUCCUUAUAGAUGAAAGUAUAUUGCUUCUGGUUGAAUACUCUGGUGAGGAAAUGUGCCUUUCUGGGAAGGUUGCUGACAUUUUGAAAUUUUCCCUUACUCCUUUUUCCUUGGUGGUUGUAUGUGCACCAAAAUUAAAAAUUCCCAAUUCCCAAGUUGAGGCAAAGAAUGCAUUGUUUUUCCCUGAGAAAUGGGUGAUUUUUGUUACUUGCUGCUGUACAUCCAGGGAAUUUUUUUUGUACUUUGUACAACUGUAGACUUGGCCUUGUCCGUGCAUAUCUUAAAAUUACUCUUAGCAAAAAGAAAUACUUUGUUCCCUUGUUUCGUUAUUGCUUCAUGUCAUGUUCUGUCCAAUUUUGGUUUAUGUCAGUGUUUACUGAUAAAAUCAGUUAUCCGCAUUUUCUGCUUCUAUCUGUUUUGUGUUAGAUGGGAAGACGGUGUGGCGGUGCCAUUGGGGCCGUCAACCAAAUUGUAAAGAUUACGAAAGACUGGCUCACCUUUAAUUUAGGGGAAUUCAUGUUUUUAAAGUUGAAAAAAGGGUAGCAUGAUGAAUGAGCAAAUUCGAUGCUACCUAGAAUUUUACUGGCAGGGAGUUGAACUUGGAUAUAUGGUAGAUUCUCAUGAACCCUGCUACAAUGUAUCUAAUUAGCCAGCAACACUGAAAAAGAAAGAGAAUUUACUUAUUACUGAAAUGAUUUCAUGUAAUUUUCAUGAACCACAAUGUAAUAUUAACGAAAUACAUGAUUUUAACAAGUGGUCACGAAGAACUUCCUCGUAUCCAUGCGCCAACAUACGACAUGACAGAAGCCCGAAAAGCUAACGAAACACCUGCACCACGCAAUGUUGGUCUACUUCAGUGGGGAUCACCACAUUACUUUGCCCGAAGUUUGAAACAUUGCUGCUGGAUGCAUGGUGUUCAAUCACCCAACGUGGACUGUACUUCGAGGCAAUAAUAUUUGAUUCUCAAUAAUGAUGGAUUGCACCACUUUAGUCUAAGGUACAGCCAGCUUGGACACAUGUCAGUGGGCUACACCUGUGCACCUGAUCAGAUUUGUGCAAAUCUAAUCGUUGUUGAUUGGCGUAUCUGACCAUACCAUAUAAGAAAGAAGUGGAGGACAUCCGUGUGUUGGUCAAUCAUUUUUAUGGUGGAUUCGGAUUUUCAGGGUUGAACCAAGUACGUUCCAUUU